AUGCGACUUUUCGUAAGCUUCGCGACUCUGCUGGCCCUAGUAGCCGGCCAAUUUGAGACAUCCGAGUUUGACGCGACCGCCGAGCAAGAUAACGGCUCUGAAAGAGGUUUCACGAAGAGCUUGAGCGCCCGAGAACGGAAAAAUGAGAAUCGAAAAGCUCAGAUUGAAGCAGAAGAUGAAGUAAAAUACACGCCGAAGAAAUUCCUUCAACUGGCUGAAGCAGAAGUAGCCAUGGCGAACCAGACGGAUAGUCGCCUAAGAAAUAGACAGACACAGAGGGUGAUUUCUAUCGGCGUCGACGAGAGUAUUAAUCCUAACGAUGUUUUCUAUUCGCCAAAAUUCAUCGAAAAGCUCGAAAGAGAUGGAUUUUCUACAAAGGGUAUACGACGAGCUCAGAGCACUCCCGAAGAUGAACUGAGAGGCCUUGGCUCUUUGUACCUCAAAUGGAACGAAUUUUACAACGGAAAAAUCGUCGUCCCAUAUUCCUUUCAUCCUGACUACCCUUGGCCAGCACGAACCUUCCAGUACAUAAAAGAGCUCAACAAAGAUCUCGGAUGCCUCCAGUUUUUCUACGUCCCUUUUCAGCGACUUCGAGUAGCUAACUACAAGUACGGUAUUCUUUUUGUGCAUAAACAAACUACUGGAAUUCCUGGCUGCUGGAGUGCACAUGGUCGACGUCCCGGUUUUUCCCCUGGUAGCUUCGGACCAGCAAAGUAUGGAGCGAAGGACACGUGGCAGCUGCUUCAGAUGGAUGAGCUCUGUGGAGGGGAUACCAAACACGUCGUUCACCAUCAAUGCCUUCAUGCCCUUGGCCUCGCUCACGAACAACAUCGACCUGAUCGAGACGAUUACAUCAAUAUCUUUCCAGAACGAUACCGAAUGGACGUUCCCAAUCAGACCUGGAAGUACAGCCUUGAAGACUGGGAAGACACCGGAUUUCCAUUCGAUCUCAAAUCUUCCAUGAUGGUUUCUUCUUACUCUUUCAAAAAGAUGGGCGAGACAAAAGCGCCAAUGACUCGAAAAGACGGGACAACUUGGGGCAUGCACGGUAUUGCCAGUACAACGGAUAUUCUUCAACUCAAGAAGCACUACUGCACCGGAUUUCCAGAUGUCCCAGAGAAGAAAGUCAUCAACUGUCCGAACCCUGAUUCUCUCGGUAUCAUUCGACCUAUUUUCGCCGAUCGAGUCUGUGACAGUGUUCCCGAUUGUGAAGAUGGAGCUGAUGAGGACGGAAGAAUGGGAGAAUGCCGAAUGCCAGCUGAACAAACUCCCAACGGCUGCUGCCGAACAUUGAUUGUCGCCAACGGUGACAUCUGCAACUACCGAGGCUUCUUUAUGGGCCGAGAUGCUUACCAAUGUCAGCGAGUCGCAAAAGAAACCUCUCGAACUGGAACUUUUGUACUCUACUCCCACUUCAGAAUUUUCAACAUCCAAGAUAGAAAAUUCAAGCGAGGAUGGAUUUGGUCGCGAACUGGUUUCGUCUCUGCGGGAACUCAAUACUUAGGACUCAAGUUCUCUGACGGCAAAUGCCCGAUUGAAGGAGCACUGGAUGACUGGAGAAACGCACCUUCAGUCUAUUGCAAACGACUCGGUCUUACUGAGGCUGGAAAGGCGACUGUUGCGAGAUUGAUUGAAGAAGCAAAAGUUGAAAUUGAGUUUGGUGUGAAAAAUGAAUUCGAACUACAAGUUGCAAGCUCUAGCACUUCAACCACCACAACAACAACUACAACAACAACUACUACAACCACGACAACAACCACGACAACAACGACUACCACAACUACUACUACUACUACUACCACUACUACGACGACGACGACUACAACAACAACCACUACUACUACAACAACAACGACAACAACGACAACAACAACAACAACAACCACAACCACAACUACGACUACGACUACAACUACAACUACAACUACAACCACAACCACAACAACCACGACAACCACAACGACAACGACAACCACCACAACUACAACGACAACUACCACAACAACAACUACUACGACAACAACUUCGACAACCACAACCACGACAACGACUACCACUUCAACAACUACUACAACAACAACAACUACCACAACUACGACAACCACGACGACAACCUCGACUACUUCUACUACAACUACCUCGACAUCGACGUCCACAACUUCAACGACAACCACCACAACAACUACGACCACCACAACAACUACCACAACCACGACUACGACGACCACAACCACAACAACCACUACAACCACCUCGACUACCGAAAACAUUAGUUGUUUCGCCGACUUUGCUGCUGCCUACCAGACUGAUCUAUCAACUUGUCCAGCUCCAUCUUGUUCUGGAUACCACGUUGAAGUUGUCGACUCCUGGGUUUCUCGCCUUGGAAAGAAACACCAAUCAUAUGGGCAUUCUCUCAAGAUUCAUGUCAACCAAGCGCAAUACGAUGCAAAUGGCUGGACCAUGGUCAUGGCAAUCAAUUCGACUAGAAUGUUCGUCUCGAGUUGGAAUGUCUGGUUCAAGGAUGUUUUCGAAGAGAGCGACAGGACUUCCAUUGUCCUUCACCAAAAGCACUCUGAUGAAGAAGAGCAGAAAGAUCUUCAUGGACAAUACUCAUUUAGCAUAGUAAUUGACUGGCUGCGCACUUCAGAUCUUCCUCAAAUUUUCUUCUUUGAAAGACGCCUGAACGACCUUUCCUGUGUCUCAACCGAUCCAACAGGAUAUGCAGCUGCGAUCGCGAAGCGAGGUAAAGUCAAAGACUGGAUGGACGUCAACACCGUCGUCCUUACUGAGCGCGGCGGCCUCCGCGUAAAGUAA